AUGGUCGAGCAAGGUCCUCUCAAAUAUUCAAGUGUGCAGCCGGGCGGGGAGAGGGAGAUGAGGACAUGGACUGCGAAUAUAUCCUCUUGCUCAGACCCGAAGAGCAAGCAUUACAUUCCGUCAUCCCCACCGAGCCAUUUGGAGCCUGCACGUAGCCAUGAAGGUAUGCACUAUGAUACGGCCAAUGGACCGCAAUCCCCGGCCUGGAACCGCAACGAACGCCCGAUUAACUCAGAUCAAUCGAUAGGCCUGGGUGUCCACCCCACUGAAUGCAAAUUGUCCCAUGAGGCUGCUCUCGAAGCGAGUGGGCCAGAGGCAGGACCCGCACCCAGCGCCGAGAAGGCCUCGUUGAAGGCAUUGUUAGAAAAGAUCCGACAAGAAAAUGGGACUGAUCAAGUGGAUUUACUCACCUUGAGCUUCGGAGAACCUGGGGUCGACCUUAAUGUACACAUUCAAGGCGAUUUUACCGUGACUUUAUUGUAG